AAAAUAUGAUUAUACCGGUCAGAUGCUUCAGUUGUGGAAAAGUCGUCGGUGAUAAAUGGGAAGCUUACUUGGAUCUCUUGCAAGCAGAUAUCACAGAAGGUGAUGCUAUGGAUAAGCUUGGAUUGAGAAGAUAUUGCUGUCGUAGAAUGAUUCUCACUCAUGUCGACUUAAUUGAGAAGUUGCUGAAUUAUAACUGUAAGGUUUAUCGCAUUCACUGGGAUACAGCUAAUGUUUCCAACUCUAUAGCUCAUGAACGUCUUCGUAAUCGUUAA